UCCUCUCAAUCUCCGCCAGCGCUGCUACUGCCCCUCUAGUCCCCCCUGCUGCAGAGAAAGAAUAUUACACUGGGAUCCAUGCAGCCAGCAAUGAUGAUGUUUUCCAGUAAAUACUGGGCAAGGAGAGGGUUUUCCCUGGAUUCAGCAGUGCCCGAAGAGCAUCAGCUACUCGGCAACUUAACACUAAAUAAAGCUAACUCUGGCAAAAAUGACGACAAAGGCAACAAGGGAAGCAGCAAAAGUGAAACUGCUACCGAAAGUGGCAAGACAGCAGUUGUUUUCUCCUUGAAAAAUGAAGUCGGUGGAUUGGUAAAAGCACUGAGGCUCUUUCAGGAAAAACGUGUCCACAUGGUUCAUAUUGAAUCCAGGAAAUCUCGGCGAAGAAGUUCUGAGGUUGAAAUCUUUGUGGACUGUGAGUGUGGGAAAACAGAAUUCAAUGAGCUCAUUCAGUUGCUGAAAUUUCAAACCACUAUUGUGACGCUGAAUCCUCCAGAGAAUAUCUGGACAGAGGAAGAAGAGCUAGAGGAUGUGCCCUGGUUCCCUCGGAAGAUCUCUGAGUUAGACAAAUGUUCUCACAGAGUUCUCAUGUAUGGUUCUGAGCUUGAUGCCGACCACCCAGGAUUUAAGGACAAUGUCUAUCGACAGAGAAGAAAGUAUUUUGUGGAUGUGGCCAUGGGUUAUAAAUAUGGUCAGCCCAUUCCCAGGGUGGAGUAUACUGAAGAAGAAACUAAAACUUGGGGCGUUGUAUUCCGGGAGCUCUCCAAACUCUAUCCCACUCAUGCUUGCCGAGAGUAUUUGAAAAACUUCCCUCUGCUGACUAAAUACUGUGGCUACAGAGAGGACAAUGUGCCUCAACUCGAAGAUGUCUCCAUGUUUCUGAAAGAAAGGUCUGGCUUCACCGUGAGGCCGGUGGCUGGAUACCUGAGCCCACGAGACUUUCUGGCGGGACUGGCGUACAGAGUGUUCCACUGUACCCAGUACAUCCGGCAUGGCUCAGAUCCCCUCUACACCCCGGAACCAGACACAUGCCAUGAACUCUUGGGACAUGUUCCACUGCUUGCGGAUCCUAAGUUUGCUCAGUUUUCACAAGAAAUAGGUCUGGCGUCUCUGGGAGCAUCAGAUGAAGAUGUUCAGAAACUAGCCACGUGCUAUUUCUUCACAAUUGAGUUUGGUCUUUGCAAGCAAGAAGGGCAACUGCGGGCAUAUGGAGCAGGACUCCUUUCCUCCAUUGGAGAAUUAAAGCAUGCCCUUUCUGACAAGGCAUGUGUGAAAGCCUUUGACCCAAAGACAACUUGCUUACAGGAAUGCCUUAUCACCACCUUCCAGGAAGCCUACUUUGUUUCAGAAAGUUUUGAAGAAGCCAAAGAAAAGAUGAGGGACUUUGCAAAGUCAAUUACCCGUCCCUUCUCAGUAUACUUCAAUCCCUACACACAGAGUAUUGAAAUUCUGAAAGACACUAGAAGUAUUGAAAAUGUGGUGCAGGACCUUCGCAGCGACUUGAACACAGUGUGUGAUGCCUUAAACAAAAUGAACCAAUAUCUGGGGAUUUGAUGCCUGGAACCAAUGUUGUUGCCAGCAUGAUCUUUUUGCGGCUUAGCAGCAAUUCCGUCAGUGUCAUAUAGCACAAAUAACCUUCUGUGUCAUGGCUUGGC